CCAGUCACACAGUCUCACCAGCCAUUCAUCAAUAUCAUCACUGGUAUUGAGAUUUGACAAUCUGCAAGGGUUUGCCGACACGAUACAACCGAGGGGCCACUCCGAAGUCGAAGUGUUGUGUGAACCUGCGCCAGUUGGAAGUGUGCGCUGAUUCAGAGACAUUGUCGGGUGUCAAUCUAUCCUCAUGCCCAUCAUCGAUUGACCAAUCCCACUCUACCAUUGCAACCCUUGCUCCCCUUGCCCGAAGACCUUCUUUGUCAUGUCAUGUUACGGCACAUUAGUCCGACUGGAACACGGCGAGAUGCGAUACUCCACUCAGCAAGUUCUCCACAGUUUCCAACUUGACUUGUCGCAGCAACCGAGUGUUUAAAACAGCUGAUGGAAAUGCUAACAAAGCAUGUGAUUCAGAUCGUCCAAAGGUCACGUGUCAACACGUAUAGGACCAUAGUGCCUUCCUAAGAGGUUCUGAUUUUAGGUCCCUCUUGCAUUUUGCUUUCGUUGCCUCAGGGGUUUACGAUUACCUUCAUGGAACUCAACAAGAUACUCCCUUGUGUGCCGAGAAUGUGCGAUUCAGCUUUGUUGCCUUAUCCAACGCUGUGCCGCCUUGUCACUGCGCUUCGAAAGCCUGGAGGUCGAGUAUCAAAAGGCAAGUUAUUCUCAUAUGAGAAGACCACCUCUUUAUGGAUGUUUUCAAUCUUAGACAUCUCAAUCUCUACAGUGUCUCCGUUCUUCAGCCAGGGCGAAGGCUUUAUGAAUGCCGCAAUACCCUCGGGCGAGCCUGUCAUGAUUGUCGCCCCACGCUCCAAGGGUAUGCAGUGACCGAAAUUCCGAAUAAGCAUAGGAGUUUCAAAGAUCAUGUCGUUGGUGCCCGAUUGUUAUGUUGUUUCCCAUUCGAGAUGUAUCGUGGUUGUCAAUUAGGAUGGGUCCGGUUUGACCAUCUUGGACACAAUAAGCCGCCCAACUCGCACAAACCUGUCAGUCUUCACGACGAGGCUCAGCGGGAUUGAUGCACUUGCUGUCUCCCCAUGAUGUACUCCGUUCGGCCAUUUUUUCUUUUCGGAUAACGGGUCCCUGGCUUAACCGGCUUUCGGCUUCUUAAACCUGAUUGGCUCAACGCCGACUACACUUCCGAGCUCCUUUCUCGGUACUUCCUCCUCUUGCUCAUACUGAAUGUGUCCAUCAGCAGGACAACCGAUGGAAGCAUGGAUUGCCGAUCAUCUUUUAUAUCUUACGACUUUCCUCAGGCUCAAGCUGCGCCUGCAUAUAUCAUGUGGAGAUGACGCCACUCUGUGAAUGAAGUAAUGAAUCCCAAGCUAAUUUACUUACCUAUAAAUCAUGAUGUCUCAAGUCAACGGCGCCAAACGUGAUGUCCUGUGGCCAAAGGUCCUACAAGGCAGUGCCACUCAACAGGUCAUCGAGAGAUUUUUCACUGCCGCAGACGAUCCAACAAAAGAAGGAAGCACCAUGUUCAGCAAAUGCUUUACCUCAACAGGAGAAUUGAUGGCGCUGGACAUGUUUGCAAGGGUCAUGAAGAAAUAUUUAAGUUCCGCGAUAGUUCCUGGGAUCCUAUCACUUUUCGCAAGCACGAGAUUAACAAGCUUUACGUGUCAGACCAUGAUAAUAAAGAUGUCGUUAUGCUAGGUCACGUCACCUUUGGGCACAAAAAUGGGCAGAGGACGUCGGCAGACUAUGUGGGAAACUUUGCCUUUGCCAACACCGAGCAGGGGCCUCGAAUUGAGAAAUAUCAGUCGUGGAUGGUAGGUUGUCGUGGAAUGUGGCACUGGGGGAUUUUGUUCUCAGAAGACUUGUGUGUGUGUCUGCUAGGAUUCGAAGCCUUUGGCAGAUCUGAUGGCGACGGGAGAUAAGCCAUGAUAUUAUCAUCAUGGCUGCGCAAUAGUCAUGAACAGAUAACACUUAAUGCGGCUAAGCGAUGGGCUUCGGAAGCUCUGUCUGGUUUCUCAGAAAAAUAUCUAUAACUGGAUUUUGAGGAUAGUCUCACGCCAGUCGAGUA